CCUCUCGCCCUGGUAGUGGUACCGCUUCUCGUAGUAGAAGCCUCAGUAACCAUGGCUUCUCUUCUCUCAAUCCACACCUUAGCUCCAUUAACACCCAAAGCUUUCCUUCGCAUAAAAUCUGUUAACAACCAAAGGGUCGGAAAGCCUGUCUCGGUCCUUUCCAGAGCUUCUGCAAUGGGAGUCCAGUACCAGCUCAAAGAAGGGCAGUCUCGCGUGUUCCACGUGCUCCCGUCUGGUCUGAACAUGGAGGUUAUUAUACAAAAGAGUACACGAAAUGACCCAAAUGAGGAUAAAUCGGAGAAUCCGCCUUUGGUUUUUGUCCAUGGAAGCUUUCAUGCUGCUUGGUGUUGGGCCGAACACUGGUUGUCCUUCUUCUCCCAACAUGGGUACGACUGCUACGCAGUCAGCUUGCUGGCUCAGGGUGAAAGUGAUUCUCCUGCUGGAAAAGUAGCUGGCUCUCUUCAGACGCAUGCAAAUGAUAUUGCUGAUUUCAUCCAGAAAGAAGUCAGGUUGUCACCAGUGCUGAUUGGGCAUUCGUUUGGGGGACUUAUUGUUCAGUCCUACCUAUCAGACAUGAGGACAGAACAUUCCUCAGGAAGGGAUAAUUUGCUCCCAAGACUUGCAGGGGCUGUUCUUAUCUGCUCUGUACCUCCUUCAGGAAAUGGUGGGUUAGUGUGGCGAUAUCUUCUUUCAAAACCUAUUGCUGCUUUCAAGGUGACACUCAGUUUGGCUGCUAAAGCUUUCUCAACUUCCUUGCCUCUUUGUAAGGAAACAUUUUUCUCUCCUGAGAUGGAAGAUCACCUAGUCCGACGUUAUCAGGAAUUAAUGAAGGAAAGCUCAAGGCUGCCACUAUUUGAUCUGAGAAAGCUUAAUGCAUCAUUGCCUGUUCCUUCAAUACCAAGAUCAACUCUUCAGGUCCUUGUUUUGGGUGCAAGUGAUGACUUCAUUGUGGAUGAUGAAGGACUCAAUGAAACAGCAAGGUUUUAUGGUGUGCCACCAGUCUGUGUCAAAGGGGUUGCACAUGAUAUGAUGCUGGAUUGUUCAUGGGGAAAGGGAGCUGAUAUGAUCCUGUCAUGGCUGAAUAGCUUGAAUAAACAGAAUUCAAUGUAAUUCCUUUAUGGGGCCUACUAAUGUUUAGUGUCUUUUUUCUCCUGCUUCAUCUUUGGUAGCAUGCUCAAAAUGUGAAUGUUGGCUGCUUCUGCCAUUGUAACAUUCGAAGAUUAAGAAAUGGAUGAAAUGCUUCAUUUUGUCAUUCUAAAUGUAAUCAUCCUUGGUUGUUGAGAUUUGACUUGUCUGGUGUACCAGUUGAAAAAACAUUGAAAAAAACAAUUGAAUUUA